GGCGCGCGCUUCGGUUCAGCUGCUCCGGGAUGGACCGCGUCCCGGGCGGGAUGUGGGCCCGUACGAACGGCGCAGCCGAGAGGUUUUACUCUGGCCUUCUGCAGGAAUUUAAUGAAGAAAAGAACGGAGUCUCUAGAGACCCAUUCAUCUAUGAGGGCGAUGUGCAAGUGCAGUUGGUCAGCCAAGGCCAGCCAAAUCUUCUGAAAGCUUUUCUGAAUGAAAAUGACGCAGUGUUUCUUGUGGAAAAGGUGCUUUUGGAGAAGGAAGAAACAAGUCAUGUUGAAGAACCACAGUCUGAAGAAACUGCUAUUUCUGAUUUCUCUACUGAUGAAAAUGUUAGGCCUCUGGCCUUGCCAGUUUGGAGAGCAAGGCAGUUAAUUGGGCUUUAUACCAUGGCUCACAACCCUAAUAUGACCCAUUUGAAGAUUAAACAACCAGUUACUGCCCUUCCUCCUCUUUGGGUGAGAUGUGACAGUUCAGACCCUGAAGGUACCUGCUGGCUAGGAGCAGAGACUGUCACAGAAAAAGACGUCAUUACAGGCAUUGUUUUAUAUGUAGUCACUUGUAAAGCUAAUAAAAAUUACUCUGAAGAUCUGGAAAAUCUAAAAUACUUACACAAGAAAAGACAUCACUUGUCUGCUGUAACAGCCAGGGGCUUUGCCCAGUAUGAACUCUUUAAGUCUACUGACCUGGAUGAGAUUGUCACCCCAUCCCAAACUACGGUCACUUUGGAUCUUUCCUGGAGUCCUGUGGAUGAGAUUCUUCAAACCCCUCCCUUGUCUUCAACUGCAACUCUGAAUAUCAGAGUACAGUCAGGAGAGUCCAGCAGUCGUUUGAAUCACCUCCACAGAGAACUGAAAUUUCUCCUUGCUUUGGCUGAUGGCUUGAGGACUGGUGUAACAGAAUGGCUUGAACCUCUGGAAAUAAAAUCUGCUGUUGAACUUGUGCAGGAAUUUCUAAAUGACUUAAAUAAAGUGGAUGAAUUUGAUGACUCUACAAAAAAAGACACACAAAAAGAGACAGUGAACCAUGAAGCAGCAGCGGUUGACAGGUCUGUGCUUAUCACAGUGCGGGGGGAUCUCGAUUUUGCCGAACAGCUUUGGGGCAAAAUGAGCAGCAGUGUGGUUUCGUAUCAAGACUUGGUGAAGUGUUUCACAUUGAUCCUGCAGAGCCUGCAGCGUGGUGAUAUACAGCCAUGGCUGCACAGUGGGAGUAACAGUUUACUAAGUAAGCUCAUUCAUCAGUCUUACCAUGGAGCCAUGGACAGUGUCUCCCUCUCUGGAACUACUCCACUUCAAAUGCUUUUGGAAAUUGGUUUGGACAAACUGAAGAAAGAUUAUAUCAGCUUUUUUGUCAGUCAGGAACUUGCAUCUUUGAAUCAUUUGGAAUACUUCAUUUCUUCAUCAGUUACCACACAGGAACAGGUUUACCGUGUUCAGAAACUCCACCAUAUUCUAGAAAUACUGGUCAUCUGCAUGCUUUUCAUUAAACCUCAGCAUGAGCUUCUCUUUUCUUUAACACAAUCCUGCAUAAAAUAUUACAAACAACAUCCUCUUGAUGAGCAACACGUUUUUCAGUUGCCAGUCAGACCUGCUGCUGUAAAGAGUUUGUAUCAAAGUGAGAAGCCACAGAAAUGGAGAGUGGAAAUAAGCGGUGGUCAGAAGAAGGUGAACACAGUUUGGCAGCUGAGCGAGAGCCCUCCUCUAGACCACGCCAGUUCCCACAAGCCUGAUUGUUCUGAGUUGACACUGAACGGUAGUUUGGAAGAAAGGACGGUCUUCAUUAACAUGGCCACCUGCAGCCAGGUGCACUUCAAGUAGCUUGCACUGAAGGUCCCUGCAAGCACAAACCAAGAAGGGGGAAGGGAAAGAAAGGUCAUUUUCAGCAUCUGAAAAAUAGACAUCACAUGAGCUUUUGAAGCAGAAAAGAAGGGUGAUCCUGAAGAGUCUCUGAAAGAUGAAGGUGGAGAUGAGAUCCUGUCUCAGCUGCAGCUCCUGAAGAGAAGUGUUAACAGCAGGGCAGCAAUGAGGAUGGAGAGGGCACAGACUGUUGGGGCCACGAUUUCUGAAGCCACGUGCAUGUGCCUGAGCAAGGGCUCUAGAACAGAACAUUCCACCAGAAGUGAGCUUUGUUUUGACCACUGUAGUUUCCAAUUGUUCUCCUUUGUUGUAAAAGGGAACUAAUGAAUCAAACAUUAUUUUGUAAUGAGGUCUGGGGCCGUAGUGUGGACAGAGCUUUCCCUGAGCGUGCACACAGCCUUUGGGAGUCUGUACCAUUACACAAAGCUUACUCGAGAGCUGGAGAUGUCAGAUAAAAUCUGGUUCUUUCACUGGCAUUUCACUUAGCCUAUGUAUGGAUAACACUCGUGCCGGCAUUGCAUUAAUCUCAAAAAGCUGCCACCUAUAUUCCAUGGGUUCCCUAGGUUUUUACUGGGGCUAGGUGUGAUAGUGCACACCUUUAAUCCCAGCACUGGGGAGGCGGAGAGGCCUGGUGUGUGAUGCUAGUUCCAGAAAAGCCAGAGCUAUACAGACAAACCCUGUGUCAAAAGGGAGGAAAAACCAUUGGCAACAUUUCUAGCUUUUUGAGUUUGUUAUUCUCUAUAUACUUAUAUCUCAUAUACCUUUAAGCGAUGUGGGAGUCUCUAUAUUGCAACUUCUAAUGGUAAUUCUUAAACUCAUUUCUUUGUUGGCACAAAAGUUCAUUUAGAAGUAAACAUUUAUUUGAUAA